AUGAUUAAAAGAGAGUAUACUGUGCAGGAAGGAAGAGAAGAUUGUAUUAGGUGGAGACUUAAUAGCUCUGGUAAAUUUUCAAUUAAGUCUGCUUGGGAGCAUUUUAAUAUGCAGCAUGAUGUUGUUAGCUGGUGGAGAAUUUUGUGGAGUUCAGGAAAUAUCCCAAAGCACAGCUUCAUUUCUUGGUUGGCAAUCAGGCAAAAACUGAGGACUAGAGAAAAACUGAAGAGAUGGGGAUGUGUAGAAUCUGAUGUGUGUGUCUUGUGCAAUAAGGAGUUUACUCUUGGAGGAGGGAAUGCUCCUAGUUCAGCAAGAAAACAAAGGGGGAAGAGCAUGUUGGCAAAAAUCAGAAGAGCUGUGUUCUGUUGUACUGUAUACAACAUCUGGAAAGCCAGAAAUAGAGUAAUUUUUCAGAAUGAAAGAGUGGAUGCUGAGGUGAUCUAUUACUGGAUUAGGCAGGAAGUCUUGCUGAAGCUAUUUUCCUUUAGAUGCAAUUCUACUAGUUUCUUGAGUUUGUACCAGAAAUGGCAAGUUUGUAGCCUUUCUGAUUGA